AUGCUUGGCCCGAGGACUUCUGCCGAGAAGUGCGGGUCGAAGCCUGCACUUCGAGUGGAGCGGCCGUGCCCGGCGCUGGGCGCUAACGGCGAAGCGCCUCCUGCGCUGCCUGAGGAGGCGUGGAAGACAUGGAGCUGGAGGGAUUACUAUGAGGAUGCGCGGAAAGCUGGCAAGGGCUUCGUGAAGUGUGGCCUACAGCCCUUCGAAACGGUGGCCGUUUGGGGUUUCAAUGCUCCGGAGUGGAUGCUCAGCACCUAUGCUGCUAGCAUGGCUGCUGGCAAGUCGGCGGGGCUCUACCCGACGGACACGCCGGAGACGGCCGCCUUCAAGGUCGCCCACAGUGGCGCCAGCCUGGUGGUCUUGGAGGACGAGGGGAAGCUGAAGAAGCUCGUGGCCGCCUUAACGGCGCGACCCAUGGCGCGGAUGAAGGUGAAGGCCUUCAUUACCUAUGCCUAUGAACCUGAGGAAGGGAAACGGGUGGAGGUGAAAGGAGCCAGUGUGCCCGUGAUCAGCUGGGCUGCCUUGACCAAGUUGGGCGCAUCGGACAGCGAGCUGGAUGCCAAGUUGGAGGGCCGAAGUGCCAUGGUGAAGCCUGGCCAUUGCUGUGCUUUGGUGUAUACCUCGGGCACCACGGGGGAGCCGAAGGCCGUGAUGAUUAGCCACGACAACGUGGUCUUUGAGGUGUGCUCCUUCAUGAAAAUCGCAGGUGAGCACAUGGGCUUUUGCCGUGGUCCGAAUCCUGAACGCAUUCUUUCCUACUUGCCCUUGUCACAUGUGGCUGGCCUUAUGGUGGACAUUGCCUUCCCAGUGGUGGCCUCCGCGACUACAUCGAUUUAUGCCACCACCUUCUUUGCCAGGUCUUAUGACUUGAAGCAAGGCACCCUGAAAGACCGGCUAUGUGUGGCCCGGCCGACUGCCUUCCUUGGAGUCCCACUGGUUUGGGAGAAGAUCGCAGACCGCAUGAGGGCGCUGGGUGCCAAGAACAAGGGCAUGAAGAAGGCAUUGGUCACUUGGGCCAAAGACCAAGCCUUGGCGAAGGCCAAGUCCCACCAGUUGGCCGGUGAUGGCUCCACGCCCUUGGGUUUUGGCUUCGCAGACAAGCUGGUCCUGUCAAAAGUCAAGGGCGCACUAGGGCUGGAUCAAUUGAAGCUUGGUUUGACCGGUGCCGCACCCAUCCGCGUGGACACCUUGGAGUUCUUCGGCUCCCUUGGUAUCCAAGUGAAUGAGACCUAUGGCAUGUCUGAAAGCACUGGCGGAGCCACCAUCUCCACCAGCUUGGUUCAUUUGUGGGGCUCCUGUGGCUUUCAACUCCCAGGUGUCGAGGUCAAAGCCUUCAAGGUUGACCCAGAGGAUGUCAACGUCAAGACGGAGUGCCCCUUAGCCAAUGCACUGGAUUCUCUGGAUGAAGCAUGCCAGGGUGAGCUGUGCUUUCGCGGCCGCAACAUCAUGAUGGGAUACCUUGCCCAAGAUGAGUUGGGACCGGAACACGUCAAGGAGAUCGAAGGAAAGACUGCGGGAACCAUCGACAAAGAGGGCUGGUUGCAUUCAGGUGACAAGGGCAUUGUCACCACCAAAGGAAUGGUGAAAGUGACCGGUCGAUACAAGGAAUUGAUCAUUGGAGAGGGUGGCGAGAAUAUCGCGCCAGUGCCCAUUGAGGAUCAUAUUAAAGCGUGCUGUGAUGGCAUCAAUGAAGUCUUGAUGAUUGGUGACAAGCGGAAAUUCAACGUGGCAUUGAUCACCUUGAAAGCCGUGGGCGCCAAUGGCGAGACGCCGGGCACCAAUCAGCUGGAUGCCGGCGCUGUGAGGGUGAAUCCGUCGGUGAAGACCAUCACUGAAGCUAUGGACGAUCAAGUUUGGAUCGAAACCAUCACUGCGGCGGUCCAGAAAACCAACGCCAAUGGGAAGGUCUGCCCGAACAAUGCCUUCAAAAUACAGAAGUUCAUGGUGUUGCCCACGAACUUCUCUGAAGAGCAAGGGUUCUUGACUCCCACCAAGAAGAUGAAGCGGCCAGUGGUGGAGAAAGCUUUCCUCAAGCAGAUAGAGAUGAUGUAUAAAUCUGCUGAUACCUAUGUUCGCUAUCGUGAUUAG